AUGGCGAAACGAGCAGCAGAAGAGGCAUUGGACGUGUCAUCGGGAUCGCCGGCGUCGAAGAAGGCAAGAAUACAAGAUAUGGCGGACAAAGACCUGCCUCCUCCCCCUCCAGCACCAGCAGAAGAAGUGCGAGUCGCGACCAACGGGCACGAAAACGGACAUCAUAGUAUGGUCGAGGAGGUAGAUGAUGAUGAUGAUGAUGAUGACGAGAAAGAUGAAGAUGAGACUCGGCCAGCCAAACGAGCACGCAACGCAGGACCCGAUGCGCGCUACUCGGAUCUCUACCUCGACACCAUCUCGCGCAAGAAUAUGGACUUUGACUUUGAAAAGCUCUGUUCCGUCACCCUCUCCAACAUCAACGUCUACGCUUGCUUAGUAUGCGGCAAAUACUUCGCUGGUCGGGGAGCCAAGACCCCAGCCUACUUUCAUGCGCUGGAAGUGGGACACCAUGUCUACGUGAAUAUGGAGACGAAGAAGGUGUACGUGCUGCCGGAGAGUUACGAGGUGCAGAGCCAGAGCCUGGACGACAUCAAGUUCGUCGUCGACCCGACAUUCUCCGCGGAAGAAGUCAAGUCGUUGGACAGGCGGAAAGAGCCCAGCUGGGACCUGCUGGGACGGAAAUACACCCCCGGAUUCGUCGGCCUGAACAACAUCAAAGCAAACGACUACUUCAACGUCGUCGUGCAAGCACUCGCCCACAUCCCGCCCCUCCGCAACUUCUUCAUGCGCGAAGACCUCUCCACCGCACCCCAACUCCCCCAACGCCUCAGCACCCUGAUCCGCAAACUCUGGAACCCGCAAGCCUUCAAAAACCACGUCAGCCCCCACGAACUCCUGCAAGAGAUCAGCUUACGGAGUAACAAGAAAUUCACCCUCACCUCCCAAGGCGACCCCGUCGACUUCCUCAGCUGGUUCCUCAACAACCUGCACCUCACCCUCGGCGGCCACAAAACCAAACCCCACUCCUCCCUCAUCCAGAAAAUCUUCCAGGGCACCCUGCGCCUGGAAUCCCAACCCAUCACAGCAUCCGGCACCUCAGCUUCCGGCCAAAUGCGCUUCGACGACAACACCAGCUCAAUCAAGACCCAAACAACCCCCUACACAAUCCUCACCCUCGACCUCCCCCCCGCCCCACUCUUCCAAGACGACACGGAGAAAAAUAUCAUCCCCCAAAUCCCCCUCACCACCAUCCUACAGAAAUACAACGGCACCACGACGCAAGAAAAACUAGACAAGAGACUCCGCUACCGCCUCCUCCACCCCCUCCCCCCGUACCUAAUCAUGCACAUCAAGCGUUUCCAAGCCAACAAAUUCCUCGCGCAGGCUCAACGGAAUCCGACGAUCGUGACGUUCAACCCCCGGGCGUUGGAUCUAUCGCCUUUUGUCCAGCCGGACCCGUCACACCACCCAGGCGGUGAGCCUAUCAUAUAUGAGCUGGUGGCGAAUAUUACCUAUGAGGGCGUGAAGGUGAGGGAUGAUAGCGUGGAGGGGGAGGCUGAGAAGCGGGUGUGGAAGGUGCAGGUGAGGGAGGGAGGCGUAGGGGAUGGGAUGGGGACGGGGAAGGGGAAGGGGAGUGGGGGGGAGGGGAGGCAGUGGUGGGAGAUGCAGGAUUUGUUCGUCCGGCGCGUGGAGGAGGAGUUGUUGGGGACGAGGGAGAGUUUUGUUAUGGUUUGGGAGAGGCGGAAGGGGGCUGCCGUCAAGGGCAAGGGAAAGGUGUAA